AACUCUCCGGUACGUUAGAAAAAAGCUAUAUAAUCUGUGACAACUUUUUUUUUAACUUAACAACUUUCUAUGUUCUGUUAUUGGAUGUGUUGUCUAAAAAGAUCUUUAUGAGGGAGUGUGAAAUUUCUGUAGAAGCCGGAUAACCGGACUGACAUAAACGAUAUAAUAAAAGUGUUGUGUUAAGGAAAUUGAUGAUUGUAAAGCGAAUACAAGAACAAUAAAAAAUUGUAUUCGCAAAUGAACAUGGAGUCGAGAUAAAAUCUCUUUCCUUAACUCUAAAUAUUCGCUCCGUAGUGAGAUGAGACUAUACGAAUAUAGAGUCCAAUGAUACAACCAUGACAGACGAUUCACGCUUCACUCGUGAUCGCUCUAUCGAACUAUAAACUGUACGAAACACUCUCGGAUUUAUGACUUACGGUAAGGGAUUUUUUUCUAUUGGUUUCGAUACGAAAAGUAGUGAAGAAUGAAUGAGAGAGUCGGGUUUAGUUAAAGAGAAGGAGAAGACUCACUUCCCGUAACAGCUACUGCACGUGGGCGAAAAUCUUGCGGAGAUCGAGGGAAGUUGAGUUACAAAGCUUACUCCCCAAGACUCUCUUUUAUCUCGUUUAAAUAUUUCGAGAGGAUAAAAUGCAUGACGUUUUUAUUUUCUAGAAAAACUAGUUGUCGUUUCAAAAUGAAAUACAUGUUGUUUUUUUGAGAAUUAAAUAGGCAAAAACGUUGAGUUUAACUUGGUACAAAAAAAAUCUUAUUGGGCCGGAGGCCCUCCACCAAGACCCAAGACCCACACCCACGCCGAGCCGACGGCACGUGCAUGGGAGUCAUUUCUCUACCUGAGCCGUUUAACCUCUCAUAUCACAUGAGCAUAUAUAUAUUGCUCAUACUUGCCCAACAUAAGCUAUGUGGGACAAGCUUCUUAUUCCCUUCAUUUAAUCAAUUAAAGGCCAUUAAUAGGCAAUUUCUUUUCACUUAAUAACCAUUAUUUAUAUAAGCCUUGGGCUUUAAAUAAUUGAUCCAACAAAUUCUACAUGAAUAGAAAUGACUCUAAACAUAUGCAGACUAAAUGCAGACUCGAUAGACUCUAAAAAACUAUACUUAUUCUAAUCUUGACUAGACUAGACAGACUUAUCGAAAGUGUUUGCCAAAAAUUCACUGUGUUUGAGUUGGUGGUAUUUUUAAGCCUUGAAUCACUCAUAGUUAAUAUCUGUCGGGUUUACUUUACCAAAAGGUGAAUAUGAUGUCUUGAACCAAAUGGUGUUUUAUGUAGACCGAGACAACAUGCAUAACACAACUUCAUUUUCUCGUAGAACUUAGUUCUCUUUUGUGUUCGUUGUGGCCCUGAACUAUUACUGGUUUUUAUGAGUGAACUAUGCAUUCAUUCUCCUAGAAAUGGUCCCAUUUCACACUCAUUAGGUGAUUCACCAUGAAAAGUAUUGAAUAAUACUUCGUUUUAGAAACUAUGGAAUCAUUAAAAGCCCAUGCUUAUCCUUCUCACAUUCGUUAGCACUUUUAUCAUUUUAUGAGCUGGGAAGAGACUACUUUGACUCAAAAUGCCUUGGUUAGAUUAUGUUUGAUUUUGUUUUCCCUUUGAACCUACGUCUUGGGAUGUAAGACCCGAUCCCGACCGACUAGGCCGCGGUCGAUGCCUCACGUUGCUCGGUCCAUACCCUGACCGAACCUCUCAAAAAAAUUUCCCUUUAUUUAAAACAUCGCCCAUAGGCGAGGGCCAACUCAGAUCUUAGGUCCAGACUACCAUAGUCUUUUCUUAGCUUAAAUCAAUUCAACACAUACACAUCGGAAUAACAUCUAUCAUCCAUUGAUCUUUAACCAAUCUAACACUUGUCUGGUCGAAUCACCUCAGCUAAUGGUUAGUACUCUCGUACUCUCAACUACCAGCUAGCUCAAAGGUCGAUCCUAGACCCGAAGCAAGUCGUACGAAUCUGAGGUUCUAUUCCCAUAGUCCAUUCUAUCUAGAACUAACCAAGAGUUACUAGAUCAUACCUUAGCCACAUCCGAAGCUUGUUAGCUCAUCGGCCCAGCUACUCUAGCUGAAUGAACUCAUAGACAGCUGAUUGAGCUGUCACACUCGAGCUGAGCUAUGACCGAGCUAUGGCGAGCUGCCAUAUUACUGCAUCUAGCUCUUUUACUCAUCAAACAUCCCUUAGGUACUUAGUCAUUCAGCCAACCAUCCCCACAGACUUAAGUAACCCUUGAGAGCCUUCAAACAGCUAAGGAUAUGCAUUUGGCCAUUCCCGACUUAUGCAUCAUCCAACAUCCUUUUGCUUAUCAGCUUAUGAUACCAAGUCCAGCUCAUUGACUAACAAUGUCAAGUCCUCUCAUGGACUAAUAAUGCCAAGUCCUCUCAUGGACUAAUAAUGCCAAAUCCUCUCAUGGACUAAUAAUGUCAAGUCCUCUCAUGGACUAAUAAUGCCCAUCAGAUUCUAAGUCAAUCAACCAACCAUCCCAUAUGACUCAGAACUGAUGAGUCUUCAUACUUACCCAACCGACCAUGGAACCAUGUCCUAAUGGAGCCGAUCAAUCUUGCUCUAACAUCCGGUGCAUCCUUUGAUCAAUCAGAACAGACACCUUAUUCCAUCACCAAUGGAUCAGGUCAUCCAUCCUUGUCCAAGAUCAGAUAACACACGGCUCAGUACUUAUGGUCCACACCACCAAGUACUAGCUAUACUCUUCUUUAUGGCUCUUAGCCAAUGCUUUGCACAUAGCUUACCAACACCAAGGUUGAUAACUAACAUUCCUUAUGAUUAAUGAUCAUAAGUGACAAACAUAUCACAACACUCAAGCAUAUGAUCAGAUAACGAAAACACAAGGAUCUAUCAUUGCAUGGUUGGUUCCUUAUCUAAACAUCAAUUACUCAUCAGACCAAAAUCUGACCAAUUUCGAAAGUACUCCAAAAAUUAAUUAAAAUUCAAUAAAACUCAUGAUAAAUCCCAACUAAGAGAUUUCCAUAAUCAAAAUCCAAUGAAUCGACCCAGAUCAUAUGGAUCCUGAUCAUGAACAGAGCCCAGCUAAGGCCAUGGGCUUCGUUCCUGACCCGGCCAAGGCCAUGGUUCAGUGCCAUCAAGUCUGAACCCACAGACUAAACCAUAAUCAUCCAGAGUAUAAGUUGAAGUAAUCAGAAAGUGGAGAUGGGUGUAACCAAAAAAAUAGAUCAUAGACUCGGUCGGAUCAACCGCCGGCUAUAUCCAAUGGUUUGCGAACCACACCAUUAACCUUAGAGUCCGAUCCCCAGGCGCCAAGUCCUUCUCCUUCUCCUUCUCUUUCUGUCUGGUAUCCAUCCUGCUUCACACAAUCACAGUUUGAUCGGAGCAGAUCAAGCACCACCACACACAGUUGCUCUUCAAGUCGCCGGCCACUCUCUCCCUCUUUUGUCUCACGAUUUCUUCAGGGCUUUCCCUAGGAAAUAUGAUGCCCAAAAAUCGACCCCAAGGUAUGUAUUUAUAUAGAGAAGGACCGGUAACUGCUCUGGCCGAUCGGUUACAAAGGAUUGGCCAAGGAGAUGCCACUUGUCCCCUUGUACCUUUUCGCCCAAAACCGCUCAGAACCGCUUCCACCACUGCCCAACUGCUCCCUUGGCAGUUCCCACACGGAAACCAACUCCUACAGGCUUUUGUCUCAUUGCCUGGUUCAGCCAAGAUCGCACCUGGAUUCAUCGUCCCACAGGGACCAACGGGAUGGCUCGGACCCGGCCACACUGGUCCGGACCGGAACACUCCGCUAAGCUGAGGUGAGCUGAUCACCAGCUGUCCCCAGCUGAGUGAGCUGGUCCAUCAGCUCCCAUGAGCUGAACAAAACUGAGUGAGCUGACACCACACUCUAUUGAGCUGGUUCCACACUCUAUAGAGCAGAUUGAGCUUGACACGAGCCUCGUCCAGCUACCGAAUCACUCGCCCAGCUCUAUUUAACUUGUCUCCAUCGUAUCCAGGUUAAGUCUCAGCUGUGUGACGUCCUUAACCAUCAAUUUGGACCAUGGCACACUUGUCUCAAGGUCAGAUAACCUGUUCAGCACAUUGCCUCGCACCACAGCCCGUCCGGACGAUCCUAUCUAGGAUCAGGGACAUGACAUGGGAUCUCCAGUCAUGAUAGGUAGGGUUGCAAUCAAGCAUCCUCAUUCGUUAUAGGCUUUAAACCCAUUCCUUUUGAUGAUUUAGCAACAACAUCUCAUGGAAAACCUUUUGUAAAUGGAUCCACUAGGUUGUCAGCUGAUUUGAUGUAGUCUAUUGUGAUUACACCAAUUGAGAUAAGUUGUCUAAUAGUUUUAUGACAUCUUCUGAUGUGACGAAAUUUACCAUUGUAGAGAUUAUUCUGAGCUCGAGCUAUAGAUGAUUGGCUAUCACAAUGUAUGCGUAUAGCUGUCACAUGUUUCUCCCACAUAGGAAUAUCUUCCAAAAAAUUUCUAAGCCCUUCAUCUUCUUCUGCUGCUUUGUCUAAGGGUAACAUUGUUUGUUUGGUAGAUUUUCAUGAUAUUGCUGCUCCUCCUAGUGUAAAGACAUAUCCACUUGUGGAUUUUGAGUUUUUAGAAUAUGAUAUCCAGUUAGCAUCACUGUAUCCUUCUAAAACUGUGGUUCUUUACCAUAAUGAAGCCCAAAAUAUUUGGUAUGACACAAGUAAUUAAGUACUCUCGUUAUAGUUUUCCAGUGUUUAUGACAUGGAAUACUUGUAUAUCGACUCAGUACGUUUACUGCGUGCGCUAGAUCUGGUCUAGUACAAUUGGUUAAGUACAUGAGACUUCCGAUCACACGUGCAUACUCGUUUUGUGAAACCGCUUCACCUGAAUUCUUUGUUAAGUGGAGUAAGGGAUCUAACGGAGUUUUUGCCGUACCAUUAGAGUAAUUUUUAAAUCUCUCUAAUAUUGUUUGAGCAUAAAGAGAUUGGGUUAAGAUAAUUUCAUCUAAAUUUCUUGUGACUUUAACCCCAUAAUUACAUCUACUAAUCCCAAGUAUUUCAUCUCAAAUUUUCCUUUGAGCUUGUCCUUUGUUUGAUUGAUAAUGAAUGUGACAAAUGCAUAUACUACUAAACACAGCAAAACAUACACAUUUUUGGUAGUUUUGUAGUAUAUUCAUUUGUCACAUUCAUUUAUUUUGAAACCAUUUGAUAUCAUUGUAUUGUCAAAUUUUCCGUGCCAUUAUUUAGGAGUUUGUUUAAGUCCAUAAAAUGACUUUACAAGCCGGCAUACUUUGUCUUCAUGUCUUGGAAUGACAAACCAUUCAGGUUGUUUCAUAUAAAUUUCCUCUUCUAAAUCACCAUUUAAAAAAGCGGAUUUUACGUCCAUUUGAUGGAUUUCUAGGCCGCUUAAAGUUGUGAUUGCUAUCAUCAGUCUUAUUGAUGUUAUUCUCUUUACUGGAGAAUAUGUAUCAAAAUAGUCAAAACCUUCCUUUUGUCGGAAUCCUUGAACUACAAGCCUAGAUAUGUAUUUUCCACCAGGUUUUUGUGUCAUUAUCCAUCUAUUCUCUAAUGCUUUGCAGCCAUGUGGUAAAUCUGUUAUGUACCAUGUAUAAUUUUGAAUGAUAGAAUCAAAUUCACUUUUGAUAGCUUUGUUCCAAAACAAAGCUUCUGGUGAAGACAUAGCUUCUACCAAAGUUUUUGGAACAUUUUCUACUAAAAAUGCCAUUAGGAAAUCUUCAUCAAAAGAUUUUUCUAUCGAGCUCUUUUGCUUCUUCGAUGUUCAUCUUGUUCUUCAUUUUCUGAAGUAUCGUUUAUAGAAAUCUCGACGUUUGUCUCAGUUUCAGAGUCCUUGCCGUUGUCUCUUUUUUCUCAAGUUCGUUUUGAACCUUGUUUUUCCUUACAUGGAAAUAUAUUUUUGAAGAAAGAUGCAUUUCUUGAUUCCAUGACUGUAUUGACAUGAAUGUCUGAUAUUUCAGAUUUAUGUACCAUAAAUCGAUAAGCACUACUGUUAUGUGUAUAUUCGAUGAAGAUGCAAACCACUAUUUUAGGUCUAAUAGGGACCUUCCUUGAAAGCGGUACCACAAUUUUUGCCAAACACCCCCACACUUUGAGGUAUUUAUACGAAAGUAAAUUACCUUUUGAUAAUUCAUAUGGAGUUUUGCCAGUGUGGAAUUUUGUUGAGGAUAUAAUUAGUGGUAAGCAAUGCUUCCUCCCACAUGUUCUGGGAUAACCCAGAUUCCUGCAACAUUGCAUUCAUCAUCUCUUUUAGAGUUCGAUUUUUGCGUUCAGCAACUCCAUUAGAUUCUGGUGAGUAAGGAGUUGUAGUUUGAUGGUUUAUUAUAUUCUUUACAAAAUACAUUAAAUGGACCAUCAUACUCGCCUCUUAUGUCGCUUCUAACUACUUUAAUAGUUGUUCUAAGCUUAUUUUCGACCUCCAGUUUAAAUUCUUUGAUUUUUUCUAAGGUUUCAUCUUUGCUAUGUAAUAGAUAUACAUAAAAAUAUUUUGUGGAGUCAUCUAUGAAGAUCACAAAGUACUUUUUCUCACCUCUAGUUUGUAUGUAUUUUAAAUCACAUAAAUCGGUGUGAACUAAAUCUAGAGGUUUAUUAGUUCUUUCAACAUGAGGUGAAAGCGAUUUUGUGAGCUUAGCCUCUACGCAUACUUCAUAUUUUUGUUUACUUGUUUUGCAUUUAAGAAUUAGAUUUAAAUUCAUUAAUCUUUGUAUAGAUUUGUAGUUUACAUGGCCUAGUCUUGCAUGCCAUAUUAUAAAAGACUCAGCCAAAUAAGCAACUGGCUCUUUUUUAUUCAUUGAAACUUUUGGAGCUACAACUUUCACAGGGACUUUCAUUACAUUUAUCUUGAAAGGUCCAUCCUUAACAUACCCCUUUUCCAACUACAUCACAUUCUUCCUAAUCAUGAGCUUGUCCGCCUCAAGACUUGUGGCGAAUCCAUUCUUACCGAACAAGGUUCUCGAGACCAGGUUCUUCCUCAUGUCAGGCACAUGCUUCACAUUCGUCAGACUGACUUCACGUCUAGAUGUCAUCUUCAGAAUCACAUUGCUGAGGCCUUUAAUCUUGGAGACUGCAGUGUUCUCCAUGAACAGCUUCUCCUCAGUCUUGCUUUUCUGAUAACUGUUAAACAUCGCCCUAUCAGUGCAAAUUUAGGUGGUUGCCCCUGUGUCAUACCACCAUUCCCUGGGUUUGUUGCCUUCAACCAUGUUGACCUCAGUCACCAUUGCAAUGAGAUCCUCCUCAGUGAGAUUCACUUGAUGCUUCUCAUCUCUGAUCUUGCUGCGACACUCAAUAAUCUUGUAUCCAACGUUGUGGCAGUAGUGAAACUUCCCCUUGAAUUUCUCCACAUUCGCAUUGAUUUCAAUGCCUUUGUUCUUGAUUUUUUCUCCAGAGAUCUUCAGGGCUGCAAUAGUUUUUGAAGGCUUGGCAAGAGAAUGAGCGUGUGUGCCUUUUCUUUGCCUUUGUGCUCAGCCAUGUUGACACUAUUCUCCUUAGCAGUGACCUUGUCAGCAGUUCGGUUUCUGGAUUCCACCUGAAACCUCAUGAUGAGCUCCUCAAGCCCCAUCUUCUUCUUCUUAUGCUUCAAGUAGUUCUUGAAAUCUUCAUAGCUUGAAGGAACCUUCUCGAUGAAGCUGAGAGUUGCGAAUGUCUCGUAGAUGGCAUUCAUUCAACAGAGAUUUCAUGGAAAAUGAGUUGAAAUGCUUCCACCUGAUCCAUGAUGAGUUUUGAAUCCAUCAUUAAGUCAUGGGACUCAACCACAUACUUCUGGCAGCCAUCGUCCUCACCUUUGUUCUUCUUGUCCAGGGAUCUCUACAGAUCUUUCGCACUGGAAAUCUCACAGUAGACUCGGUACAAUGGGUGAAUGAGGCGACCCAAGAUGUUUCUUUUGCAGACAAAGUCGGAAUGCACCCAGAUGUCAACACUUGCGAGAGCGUGUACAUCAUCAAUUCCAUAAGGGACAAGGGGCUUGUCCUUCUGGAUGAAUUUGUCCAGCUUCAACGUUGUUAGGAAGAACAUCAUCUUCUUCUACCACGUUUUGAAGCGUUUUCCAUCAAACUUGUAUGGCAUCAAUCCUUGAUUGAACACGUUAGGUACAAACGGAGAAGUUUGAACUGCCACCGGACCACUUGUGGUUCCUGAAACAGAAUCUGACUGAUAAAGACCAGCACCGAAUAGGCUAUGGUGCCCAGUUUCAUCAGCAGUAUUACCCACUGGAAGGAUAGUUGUUGUUGUUGCAGCGGUUGACGCUGUGAUGGUUCCAGCGGUUGUCACGGUUGCAUCAGUGGCUACAACGUUGAGUAAAGUUGGAGUGACAUUCGUGGUGUCAAUGGUGGUGUUGUUAUCGUUCGUCAUUUUUUUGUUGAGAGAACAUGAAAGUGAAUCAAUACUCCAUUCAACAAAUAACAUAUUAUUUUAAGCAAAAAAUAAUAGUUUAAAAUCAAUUUUCACUUUUGGUGUUUGAACCAAAUCAUAUUGAUAAUAACAUGAAAAAACGUUUUGCAAACUAGUUUAAAAGCGUUCGCAGGAACCGUUUUGUGUAGAGUUAGAAUGUUUCACAAACUUGCUUACGAAAGCGGUUAUUGAAACGAUUCAUGUAUAGAACCUUUUGAAUAAUGUAUCUAAAACGUUUUGCAGAAGAUGCUAUAAGAAAAUCGCAAACCCGUUUACAGAAGAACUAAGAAACGUUUCGCGGAUAAGCAUAUAGCAAAUCGCAAAUUAACAUCGUUUCAAUAAAGCCAGAAAAGGUUUCUAACAGUUGUAUAUCAAUCAACAUUACGCGGUAGUGCUACAGAGCAAAACGCAAACCGUUAUGAGAUAAGUAAGAAACGUUUCGCGGAAGUGCUACAAAGCAAAUCGCAAACAUCGUUCCAAAACCCGUUAACAAAUCCUUGUUAAACCGUUUCAUAUAACCGUUUUUCAAUCCGAUCAAACGCUUUAAACAGAAGAAAAAAAUUAGAGUUAAGAUUGUAGAAGUCGGAUAACCAGACUGACAUAAAUGAUAAAAUAAAAGCGAUAUGUUAAGGAAAUAGACGAUUGUAAAGAGAAUACAAGAAUGAUAAGAAAUCGUAUUCGCAAACGAACAUGAAGUUGAGAUAUAAUCUCUUUCCUUAAAUCUAAAUAUUCACUCCGUAGUGAGACGGGACUAUAUGAAUAUCGAGUCCCAAGAUACAACCAUGGCAGACGAUUCACGCUUCACUCGUGAUCGCCCUAUCAAAAUAUAAGUUCUACGAAACACUCUUGGAUUUAUGACUCACGCUAAGCGAUUUUUUGUUGUUGGUUUCGAUACGAAAAGUAGUGAAGAAUGAAUGAGAGAGUCGGGUUUAUUUAAAGAGAAUGAGAAGACCUACUUUCCACAACAGGUGCUGCACAUGGGCAAGAAUCUCGCAGAGAUCGAGGGAAGUUGAGUUACAAAACUUAUUCCCCAAGACUCUCUCUUAUCUCAUUUAAUAUCUCGAGAGGAUAAAAUGUAUGAUGUUUUUAUUUUCUAGACAUAAUGAAAUGUGAAUUAAAUAGGCAAAAACAUUAAGCUUAACUUGGUCAAAAAAAAAAUAUUGGCCAGAAGCCAAGACCGACGCAAAUCCGUCCGUGCGGCAGCAGCGCGCACAUGGGGAGUCCUUUCUCUACGUAAGCCGUUUAACCUCUCAUAUCACAUGAGCAUAUAUAUAUUGCUCAUACGUGCCCAACAUAAGCGGUGUGGGACAAGCUUAUUAUUCCCUUCAUUUAAUCAAUUAAAAGUCAUUAAUGGGCUAUUUCUUUUCACUUAAUUACAAUUAUUUAUAUAAGCUUUGAGUUUUAAAUAAUUGAUCCAACAAUUUUUACAUGAAUAGAAAUAACUCUAAACAUAUGCAGACUAAAUGCAGAUUCGAUACUCUAAAAAACUAUACUUAUUCUAAUCAUGACUAGACUAGACAGACUUAUCGAGAGUGUUUGCAAAAAAUUCACUGUGUUUGAAUUGGUGGCAUUUUUUAGCCUUGAACCACUCAUAAUUAAUAUUUGUCGGGCCCAACAUAAGCGACGUAGGACAAGCUUGUUAUUCCCUUCAUUUAAUCAAUUAUAAAGGUCAUUAAUGGUUUCGUGACAAAAAAAAAAGGUCAUUAAUGGUCAUUUCUUUUCACUUAAUUACAAUUAUUUAUAUAAGGCUUGGAAUUUAAAUAAUUGAUCCAAGAAUUUCUACUUGUGAAUGUUAUGAGAUCUUUAAGACAUGUUUGUUUCAUUACAGAUUACUGUUCAACACUCGAAGGUGAUGAGGGGCUUACUUUGAACUCAAAGACCUUGAGGUAAUAUCCAUCGUUACGAAUCUCUAUUUACGUUUUAUGUUGGUGAGAUUUUUAUCAUUUAUAGAUAAAAAAAUUUUGGUUUAUGUAAUACAGGAAGAGAAGCCAAAGGUGGAAGUUGAGUAUAUAAUCUUGCAAACAGGCGGUGUGAAAUCGUUAAUCGGGUGUUUACAUUGACUUGCUUCAAUAGAGAAGGACAACAAAACCAAGAAUGGUUUAGAAGUUACAGAGCAAUCAGAUUCAGUGCAAGGGAUGAAACUUCAUAUAUAUUCAUGUUCCUGAUGGUUUACCAAAAUCACAAGAAGAAGUCAUGGAAGAAGAGAAAUCAUGAAUGCCAGAUUCUGCUUUCACAAAAUUGCUUAGAACAAAAGGAACUAUCCCUGCUUGGUUCUCUCACGCUCUUGACCACGAAACAGACUGAAAAAUCCCUCUCACACCCUAUGGUACUUUAGAAAGUUGUUUCCCUACACAGUUUUACUUUUAUGUAUAUAUAGCAAUAAGGGGUUUCUUGAUUUUGCUUAGAACAUAUAAAUCACUGUGAUAUCUCAUUGUUAUCCCAAUAAAAUAUUGUUGUCAUUGUGUGAUGUUCUUGAAUGGUCGAUAGCAAGGUUUUGUCGAAGCCGUGUGCUUAUUUUAGUACCUGUUUCUGGUUACAAAGAGAUUCCUAUUCUUGUUAAUGUUUUACCUCCGGAAGUGAAGCAAAAUCCUUCAAAAACAAACAAGAGUCUUCUAAAUAUAGGGAAAGAAUGUUUGGUAAUGCAGAAAUGAAAAUCGUUUGGUGUUAUUAAUAAUAAACUUUCGGUGUCGUCAUACUUCCAUGCCCAUAUCUAUAAGCAGCCUUGGUUCUUUUCCAAGGUUUUGAUCAAAGCCAUGACUAAACCUCCUCCAUUUUCUCUCCCGGCUUUUGACUGCUUCCUUUUGUUCUUCUUCUUCUUCUCCUUCUCAUCCGUUGUUUUAGCACUCACGGACGCAGAAGCCUCAUUCAUUGCGCAACGACAGCUCUUGACAUUACCCGAGGAUGGCGAUCUUCCAGAAAAUAUUGAGUAUAAGGUCGAUAUCAAGUUGACAUUUCCGAAUCAGAGGCUUAAGAGAGCUUAUAUCGCUCUACAAGCAUGGAAAAAAGCUGUCUAUUCAGACCCAUUUAACACCACGGGGAACUGGCAUGGUCCGCACGUGUGUGACUAUACAGGCGUGGUCUGCGCACCAGCACUUGAUGAUCCUAACAUCGCAGUUGUGGCAGGGGUAGAUCUUAACGGUGCAGAUAUUGCUGGACAUUUACCAGCUGAGCUUGGUUUAUUGACGGAUGUGGCUAUGUUCCAUUUGAAUUCGAACCGGUUCUGUGGUAUCAUCCCCAAAAGUGUCAGUAGGUUGAAGCUAAUGCAUGAGUUCGAUGUCAGUAACAAUCGGUUUGUUGGACCUUUCCCUUCUGUCGUCCUCUCGUGGCCGGCUGUUAAGUUCAUCGACGUAAGAUUCAACAAUUUUGAAGGAAAAGUUCCUCAGGAGCUUUUCAAGAAGGAUCUUGAUGCGAUUUUCUUGAAUAGCAACAGAUUCACUUCCACCAUUCCUGAGUCACUCGGAGAAUCCUCAGCCUCUGUCGUGACCUUCGCUCACAACAAUUUCAACGGUUGUAUUCCUAAAAGUAUUGGAAACAUGAAAAAUCUUAACGAAAUCAUCUUUAAGGAUAACAAACUUGGAGGUUGUUUUCCGUCAGAGAUCGGAAAGCUAGCCAAUGUGAACGUUUUUGACGCUAGCAUGAACUCAUUCACCGGUGUUUUACCACAGAGUUUUGUGGGGCUUAUUGGAGUAGAAGAGAUUGAUAUCUCUGGGAAUAAACUCACCGGGUUUGUGCCGGAGAAUAUAUGCAAGUUACCUAAGUUAAAUAACUUGACCUAUGCAUACAAUUACUUCAAUGGACAAGGUGAUAUGUGUGUCCCAGGUAGUCAGAAGGAUAUUGCAUUUGAUGAUACACGUAACUGCUUGCGAGAUAGGCCUAAACAACGGUCGGCAAAGGAAUGUGCAGUAGUGAUUAGUCGUCCUGUUGACUGUAGUAAGGACAAGUGCGCUGGUGGUGGUGGUUCUAGUCCCACUACACCGUCAAAGUGGACACCACCAUCACGGGUGCCAACUAGGCCGGUACGCAAACCACGACCAUCAAAAGAAUCACCAAAACCAAAUGCCCCACAGAAUCAGUCUCCUGUGAAUUUUAAACGUAGCCCACCUCCACCAAUUGUUCUUUCUCCUCCUCCCUCACCGCUAGUGCAUUCUCCACUACCACCAGUCCAUUCUCCACCACCACCGGUCCAUUCUCCACCACCACCACCGGUGCAUUCACCACCACCACCGGUUCAUUCUCCACCACCACCGGUUCAUUCACCACCACCACCGGUGCAUUCUCCGCCACCACCGGUCCAUUCACCACCACCACCGGAGCCUUCUCCGCCACCACCGGUACAUUCUCCUCCACCACCGGUCCAUUCACCACCACCACCGGUCCAUUCUCCACCACCACCAGUCCAUUCUCCUCCACCACCACCGGUCCAUUCUCCUCCACCACCGGUCCAUUCACCACCACCACCCGUCUAUUCUCCACCACCACCGGUCUAUUCUCCUCCACCACCGGUCCAUUCACCACCACCUCCUGUGCAUUCACCACCACCACCUCCUGUGCAUUCACCACCACCACCGGUGCAUUCACCACCACCACCACCACCUGUCCAUUCUCCACCACCACCUGUCCAUUCUCCACCACCACCAGUCCAGUCUCCACCACCACCGGUCUAUUCUCCACCACCACCACAUGUCUAUUCACCACCACCGCCGGUCCAGUCUCCACCACCGCCGGUCUAUUCUCCACUACUACCGCUGGUCCAUUCACCUCCACCACUGGUCCAUAAACCGCAAACACCAAACGAGUCACCCGAACCAAAUGACCCAUUUGAUCAGUCUCCAGUGAAGUUCAGGCGUAACCCGCCUCCGCCACAACAAUCACACCCAGUGGAUUCUUCUCCGUCUCCCUUUCACUCUCCUCCACCACCUAUAUAUUCUCCGCCGCCAGCACCGGUCCAAUCUCCACCAGAAACAUCGGUCAACUCUCCUCACCCACGAGCACCUACACGGACAGUGGAAGCACCACUUCCAAGUGAAGAAUUCAUCAUGCCAACAAUCAUUGGCCACCAAUAUGCAUCGCCCCCACCUCCAAUGUUUCCGGGCUACUAAUAUUAGAGAGACACAAGUUGAUCUUGUGAAUCACGUCGUGAGAAAAGAAAAGAAAACCGGAAAAAGAUGAGGUAAGACAGAAGAAGAACAAAGAAGGAGGCAAUGUAUCGUAGUGGCAUUAACUCCUUACAAGGAAUUGUAUAAUGUUUGUGUAGUAACAGUUCAGAACUUUUUUUGGUCCAUGAAAGAUUUUUACAAUUUUUUUUUGGUAAACUGUUAAAUUAUACCAAUUUUUGAA